UUUUUUUUUUCCACAUUUUUUUUUAUCAAGCCAAUUUUUUUUUUCCCCCUUCAGAUUCCGUCGAUUCCGCCUUCUGAAAAAUAUCUCCGACCGAGUCGAUUUCCGAGUGGACGCCCAAAUUCACGCGAUGACCCUUGGCUCAGGAGGAUCCAGCGUCGUGGUCCCUCGAAAUUUCAGAUUGCUGGAGGAACUAGAACGUGGAGAGAAGGGAAUUGGUGAUGGUACCGUAAGCUAUGGAAUGGAUGAUGGAGAUGAUAUUUAUAUGCGAUCAUGGACUGGUACCAUCAUCGGCCCUCAUAACUCUGUACAUGAAGGGCGUAUAUAUCAGUUGAAGUUAUUCUGUGACAAAGAUUAUCCGGAGAAGCCUCCUAGCGUUCGGUUCCAUUCCCGGAUCAACAUGACUUGUGUAAACCAUGAAACUGGAGUGGUGGAGCCGAAGAAGUUCGGGCCGUUAGCAAAUUGGCAACGGGAGUACACGAUGGAGGACAUAUUGACGCAGCUGAAGAAAGAAAUGGCUGCUCCACACAACCGCAAGCUCGUCCAGCCUCCCGAAGGUACCUAUUUCUAGCGUCAACUCAUAUAAGGUUCCUCCCGACUCGGCCAUCCCUAAAGUAUAUCGUUGGUGUAAGUUGUUGUCAAAAUGUAAGUUGCAAAGCUUUCUCCCAUCGAACUUUUCCGGCUUCUUGCUACUCUUUUAUGUUGUACUAUCAUCUUGUUGUUGUUGAUGAUUGUGUUGUUGGAAUGGUUUUCUAAAAUGGGAAUUCUACCUUGUGAUUGUUAA